UAAUGUAAGAGAAAAUUUUAUAGAACUUAAGCAACACUGUGUACAAUGCAACGCCAACCCCAAUGCAUUAGAUAUUGAAGCAAAUUGGAGUUGAAGACAAAAUGGAAUAGUUAAGGAUCGUCGUGUUUUUAUAUAAAAUAGUCGUGCAAAAAUAAAUUAAAAGGUGACUCCUGUAAACGUUUAAAAGAUAAUUGGUCAAAAAGAUUGAUACACUACGCUUUUAAUUAUUCUUGAAGUUGUCGCAAUAACCGCUGCAUUCAAUAUUGUCGUAGGUUUCUCAGCUGAAAACUAUUAGCUGUGUCACUGCCUGCCGUGCUGAUAAGACAGUUAGCGCUAUUGCGCUGUUGUCUUUGUCAUUGCUGUUUGCUAUGUGCAGUUCGCGGUCGUGGUCAUCUUUUCCGAUCGCAGUAUUACCACCACAUUGAGCCGCAGCUUUGUUUACUUAGCAGGUACACAUUUAAAACUACGUUAUCAGCAGGCAUACGCACGAAAAAGACGGCUGGCUGGACUGCAUGGAGCGCUGACGGCAGGCAGUAGACCCAUACAAACAACAAGCGAAGCAAUCCCUCUUACAAAAGCAAACACGAAUGAAAUAUUGCCAAACAUAUCUAUAUGACUGUAUGACACGAGUUGCAUAAGGAAGGAAAAGUAGUGAUUUAAUACUGAUAUUGGAGUUUGGUGUCUGGAGUGGGGAAGUAAAGUUAGCCGGUUAACGUAGUCGGUGUGUUAGUGUGCAUGUGGGGUGUUUCAUAGUGAGACACUGGCGCGCAAGCGCAACAUCCACCUUAACAAACGACUACGUACAAUCUGUUAUCAAUUACGGUGUGCAAUGUCGCACGGCAUAGUGAGCGGUGGAGCAGGAGCAGCAGCAGCAGCAGCAGCGGCAGUCGUCGAUAGCAGCAGCCUAAACUCACAGUCCGCCACCACAGAAUACCGCGAAGUACACUGGACGUCGAAUGUCAUGGACUCGUCACGCGUCUCCACAUGUCUCAUUUCGAUGCUGCUGAUCGUAUAUGGCAGCUUCCGUAGUCUAAAUAUUGAACAGGAGGCGCGUGAACGCGAGCAAAAGAAACGUAGCGAAUCGAUGAUGAAUUUGAUAACUGGAGAACCAGUGGAGCAGGAGACAAACAAGUUUGCGACGUUGGACACAAUGCAUGCAUUGUGCUUACCACUGGGCGCUUCCGUUUCGUUGUUGGUUAUGUUUUUUUUCUUCGAUUCAAUGCAAUUGCUUUUCGCCGUUUGUACAGCGAUUAUUGCUACGGUAGCUUUGGCCUUCCUGCUGUUGCCCAUGUGCCAGUACAUCAUACGGCCAUGCACUGACGGUAAUCGCAUAUCGUUCGGUAUAUGUGGACGUUUUACUGCAGCUGAGCUCUUCAGUUUUGCACUCUCUGUGUCAAUUGUAUGCAUUUGGGUACUCACCGGCCAUUGGCUGCUAAUGGAUGCGAUGGGUAUGGGUUUGUGUGUGGCAUUCAUCGCUUUUGUACGCUUGCCAAGCCUGAAGGUGUCUACUCUCUUGCUAACCGGCCUGCUGAUCUACGAUGUAUUCUGGGUCUUCUUUUCGUCGUAUAUUUUUAGUACGAACGUUAUGGUCAAGGUGGCGACCAGGCCCGCCGACAAUCCGGUGGGAAUAGUGGCGCGAAAACUGAAUUUAGGCAGCAUUGUUAAGGAACCACCGAAACUUAACUUGCCAGGAAAACUGGUUUUUCCAAGCAUACAUAAUAGUGGGCAUUUUUCCAUGCUGGGUCUGGGUGAUAUUGUAAUGCCGGGUUUGCUGUUGUGUUUUGUGUUGCGAUAUGAUGCAUACAAGAAAUCGCAGGGUGUUACCACAGAUCCGACGUUACAGCCACCGAAAGGAGUCGGCUCGAGGCUCACGUACUUUCACUGUUCCUUGUUGGGCUAUUUUCUUGGUCUACUCACCGCUACCGUAAGCUCAGAAAUUUUCAAAGCGGCACAACCGGCAUUGUUAUACCUGGUGCCGUUCACGUUACUGCCGCUGUUGACCAUGGCUUAUCUCAAGGGCGACUUACGGCGCAUGUGGAGUGAGCCGUUUAUCACACAGCAACCAUCAAAGCAACUGGAAGUCUGAGUGCUUAUCCUCUUCUUACCUUGGACUGCGUUUAACGACCGACGUUAGUACUGGGAAUUCAUUAUUUAAGUUUCGUAAUUUUAAGUAGACUGGUAUACAUCGACCGACUUGAUGUGUGCAUGAAGGUGGGGGUUAUGAAUAACACAUACAUACAUAUAUACAAUAUGCUAGAGUAAAGUGUUUAUUGCGGGCUUAGGGGAGGGGAAUUGGGGCUUGCAAAAUAUGUAGUCAAGAUAGAAUCGUUACUCAUUUUCUGGUAUGCUUUACAAGGGUGAGUUUUGAAACGUUUGUUUUAAUUUUUUAUUCGACUUAGAAAUAUUAACGUUAAACCGUAACACGCUCAGAUAUCAAAUGAGAUUGAAUAACAAUAAUGUAUUGAUAAGUAUGUAACCCACAUACAUACAUACAUACUGUACUAAAUAGGAAGCAAGCCAAAAUUUAGCGCACGUGGCAAAUACAUGUUAUAGUAAUGUGCACGCAUAAAUACAUACAUAUUUACAUAAGCUCAUACAUCAUUUUACAUACAUACCUAUGUACAUAUAUGUACAUGAAUUAAUUAUGAAAAAUUUAUGAACACGUACACUCACACAUACACAAACAUCCAUACAUCAAAUACUAUUCAUUAGCCUUCUCACUAGACAUAACUGUCAUUUAAUGGAAUAAGUUUCGUUAAGUUGAAUAGAACUGAAUUUUCUUAUAGCUUGCUUUAAGCAAAAUAAAAAGCAAUUACCAAUGUAUGAACAACAAUAAACGAUUUGGAAAGGA